AUGCCCCCGCCGUCAAUGCCGAGGGGAAAGCGGCAACGGACAACAGCCCGCCGCGAUGCAGCCGACCUCGCGCCAUGGACGCCGACCCCCGCCGCCGCCCAGGGUGACACCGAUAGCGACCAGACGGCCCAGGACCCAGCACACCACGUCCCUCCGUGCCCUCCCCCCACCCAGCUGGCCUGCCAGCCCACGCCUGGCACCUUGGGGGCCGUUGACACCGAACUGGCACCAGAUCUCGUCGCGAAUACCAUGAGCACGAGCACUGCAUCGUCAACUCCUCCAGAACCUGGACCCGACCCUUGCGGCCCUUUACAGUCGCAGCCUGGUGUCCCUAUACACCACCAGGAAGGACCGGUUUUUACGUCCUCUGUGAGGACACCGACCCUUGGGACACAGCAGAAUGCACAGCCCCGUGGCCCUCUACACCACGAGCAGGAACCGGCCUUUACGUCCUCUGUGAGGACACCCGCCCCUGACACACAGGAAGAAUUGGAGCUUUCAGCAGCUGACGACGUAUGCCUGGACGAAACGAGCGACGUACAACCCACGAGGGACGGAUCGACACUGACAGUUUAUUUCCCCUUACCGGACCACUUCAGCUGCUGUGAAGAUGACUGUUCGGUGUCAUACAGAUCAGCAGUAUGGACAUCGCAGAGGAGCUCCCUGACUCGACAUCUGGAACGGGCCCACAACAUUCGCAUCCAGCGAACUCAGUACCUCUGCUCCGACUGUGGUCAGUCGCUUAACGCAAGGCCCACUUCGCAUGAAUGCAGCCCUGCCAGCCGCCAAGCUAGCCCACAGGAACGACGCAAAUAUGCUCACAAUUGCGAAGUAUGCGGGGACACGUUCCCAACACGGAGAGGACUGGACAAUCAUCUCAUAAAGCAUAGGAGGGACCAAGCUAGGGCGGCACGAGUAAACCAGUGCCGGAACAGCGAUGCUGGAACCACAGCAACUAAUACGCACUACGACGAAACACCAGGAACUGAAGCGCCACAGGUGCCAACUACCCAGGAGAACAGCACGGCUCUCAACGGGCUCACCCAGCUCAACAGCACGGCCCUCAGCGAGCUGAACUACACACAGGACGUAACGGUCAUGGAGAACGACGCUCCCCACAGCCAUGAGGGCGGCGAAGCAGGCCACUCCUCCGUCUCUGUAUCAACGAUCGCCCUCAGUGCUACCCCAGAGGAUGACGCAUCCCACGAUGGUCCGACAGCCAGCGCAGAGCUAGCCGAUUCCGCCCUGAACUGCAGUGGUCCCCCUACUGGGACGCCAAUACCCACAAGACAGAGCCCUCACACCGAAACCGACGAUAUCCCCGAAGACCUGCUUCAGGAGUUCGUCAGCGAAGUAAAGAAACACCUGGACUCGGCAAAGUCAGACUCAUCCUGGGCCUCCUUUGAGGAGACGCUAGUAGAUGCCACCGAAGCUGUUGCCGCCGCAGUCAAGAUCCGUAAUACACCGCGUCAGGAUAAACCCAGGAGGCAAAUCAACCCUGACAACCCGCGAUGCAUCCAGCGGCUGUACAAAAGGAACCGACGCCAGGCCGUGAGGCUUAUCACACAGGGGAAUCAAGAAAGGUGCCCCAUAUCGGACGAAGAGCUUACAGACCACUUCCGCCACGUAUGGGAGGAGAAACACGCGGACACCGAACUACUCUGUAGCAGGACACCGGCGAAAGAGGAAAUCAACUCAGAGCCAUUCUCCCCAGAAGAAGUGAGAGCUCGCCUACGCCGCUGCGAAAGCACAGCUCCUGGAAGCGACCAGCUGACAUACGCCCACUGGAAGGCUGUUGACCCGGGAUGCUACUUCCUGUCAGCAGUAUUCAAUGUGUGCCUCCUAUACAGGCGGGUACCGAGCAGCUGGCGUGCCACCACGACGGUACUCAUCUACAAGAAAGGAGAUCGCCAGGACCCAUCAAACUGGAGGCCCAUCUCUCUCGGGAGGACGAUUGCAAAGCUUUAUGCGGGAUGUUGGGCUUCUAGGCUGCAAUGCUGGAUCCAAGACGAAGACGUCCUAUCGAAAUGCCAGAAGGGAUUCCUGCCUCACGAUGGUGUGUUCGAACACAACUUCGUGUUGCAGGAAAGGUUCGACAACGCACGCAGUGGAGGAAAGGAGCUAUGUGUAGCGAUGCUGGACUACACAAACGCAUUCGGAUCUGUUCCACACAAUGCCCUAGUGGACGCCGUCAAAGGAGCAGGGACCGGUGCAACAUUUGUAGAAAUAAUCCAGGACAUAUACUCGGAAAACACGACCACCGUACUGAGCAGCAAUGGAUGCACCGAGCCGAUACCUACGCAGGCUGGUAUUCGUCAGGGAUGCCCGCUGAGCGGCCUGCUCUUCAACUUGGUGGUGGACCCGAUUAUAAGAAGAAUUCAAGGAGAAGGAAAAGAACAUCGCAUCUUAGCGUACGCUGACGAUAUUACAGCCCUGGCCCCUGACCCUACGACACUACAAACCUGCAUCAACUUGAUCGAGUCCAUGUCCACGAAGUUAGGGCUGCAACUAAAUCCCCGAAAGUGCAAGACCCUCCAUCUGUCCGGCAGGCGACCCGUGGGACUCAGGGAUACCACCUUCACAGUGCUUGGCGAACCUAUACCGGCGCUGGAGGAAUUUGCCAGUCACCCCUUCCUCGGAAAGCCGGUGGGAUUCAACAUCUUACCCGAAGGCUCAACUGUCAGCGAUGCCAUCGCCACCGGCCAGAAGAUCCUGAACUCCAUGUUGUCCCCCUGGCAACGACUGGACGCAGUUAAGACAUUCGUCUUCCCAGCGUUGAAUUUUGAAAUGCGGCUUGGUACACUGGGGAAGACUGAGUGGCAGAAACUUGACAACGCACUCCGACCACUCCUGAAAAAGACGCUGUACUUGCCCACAGGAGCUACGAACGACUACCUUUACGGCAGCAAAAACUCAGGAGCGUGCGCCAUUCCUCUAGCUGCCGAGUUGAGCGACCUGUCUCGCAUCGACAGUGCGUUCAAGCUGCUUACAUCGAAAGACGAAGAGCUCAAGAUCCUGGCAUGGAAUGCACUGGAAACCACCACCGAGGGAAGGCUUCGGAGAAAGGCAACCGAGCGCGACGUGGAGGACUUCCUCUCAGGCGAAAAUGAAGGUGAAUUCCGUGCCCCCGCGUCAGGUCUGAGAAACAUAUGGACAGAGGCUAGGAAAGCCUCUCGGCGCCUGCAAGUCACAUGGGAGUUCACGGACAAAGAGCCGUGCCUCACAUGCGGUAGUUCCAGCAUCACUGCACUGCAAAGAAGACGCGUGAUUGCCACCCUUCGAAAGGAACUCAGCACUCGUCGAGACGAAAGCCUUAAAAGCCUCCCCAAUCAGGGAAAGGUAAUGGAGUGCGUUGCAGCGGACCCCUCAAGCAGCCACUUUAUUCGCGGCGGCACCUAUACCAGAUUCUCUGAUUGGAGGUUCAUUCACAAGGCAAGGUUGAACCUCCUCCCACUCAAUGGUGCACGGCCUUGGCAAUCAGGAGGUGACACUAGAUGCCGAAGAUGUGGAUACGCCAGGGAAACGCUGCCGCAUGUAGUAUGCCACUGCAUGAGGCAGAGCGCGGCCAUGACCGGCAGGCACAACCGUGUUGUGGACAGGAUCAAAAAGGCAGCCAGUGGCCGAUAUACAAUAAUGGCGGAAAAUCAACCCAUUGGAGGCACAGCGCUGCGGCCGGACCUCGUCCUUCAGAAAGGAGAAGAAGCAAUAAUCGUCGAUGUGUGCUGUCCAUUUGAAAAUCGGAUACCUGCCCUUCUCGAAGCCCGAAAGGAAAAAGAGAGAAAAUACCAGACAGUGAAGGAAAACCUUCAGCGACGUUUCCAACGAGUGACCAUUGAAGCCGUCGUUGUUGGUGCCCUAGGGUCCUGGGAUCCCCGCAACGACAGACUCCUCAAGAAGCUGUGCUCAAAGACCUACGCAAAGAAACUCAAAAAACUGUGCGUGAGUGACGUGAUAGCUGCCUCGCGCGACAUAUACGCCGCACAUAUCACGACGAACUCGAAUAGGUGA